CUGAUGAAGAAUUUAAUGAGCUUUGCUUUGAGUUUGGUUUGGAGCUUGAUGAAAUUACGUCUGAGAAAGACAUUAUAAGUAAAGAAAAAGGAGAAGAAAAGGCAAAGGGUGCAUCUGAAACUAUUCUCUAUAAAAUUGAUGUUCCCGCCAACCGUUAUGAUCUUCUUUGCCUUGAAGGGUUGGUCCGAGGACUGCAGGUCUUUAAAGAAAGGAUAAAUCUCCCUAGGUAUGAAAAGAUAAUACCAGCUCAGGGUGAAGGUCAGAGGCUGAUUAUCACUGAACAGACUGUCCACAUCCGUCCUCAUGCUGUAGCUGCAGUCCUUCGUAAUAUAACUUUCACCAAGGAACGUUAUGAUAGUUUCAUUGACCUCCAAGAAAAACUACACCAAAACGUUUGCAGGAGGAGAGCUUUAGUAGCAAUAGGUACCCAUGACUUGGACACCAUCUCUGGUCCAUUUACUUUUACAGCUAAACCACCUUCUGAAAUUAAAUUCAAACCCUUGAAUCAGUCCCAGGAGUACACAGCUUCACAAAUUAUGGAUCUGUACAGGACUGACAGCCACCUUCGGCACUAUUUACACCUCAUUGAAAACAAGCCACUUUAUCCUGUCAUUUACGACAGCAACGGUGUUGUUCUGUCCAUGCCACCAAUCAUCAACG